GGGGUUUCAUUAGUCUUCUAUACUUCGUGUUGGAAAAGGACGGCCGCAUGUUGGGGACGUAGUCAAUGAGGCUCAGCACGUGCAGAUACUGAGGCGGACGGCGGCCGCGCUGCUCAGAGACGGUCCGGUUUCACUGUCCGACGCUGAUUCAUAAAAUCAGAUCCACGUGCUGCUGAACGAUGUCUCUGCUUCAGUCACAGAUUCAGGAGUGUGGACGUUCAGUGACGACCAGUGGUGGAAAGUAACGAAGUACAAACACUCAAGUGCUGUACUCUGUACACUUUUUGAGGUUCCCAAUAUGGCCGCCCCCGUGCAGAUCUCUCCGGAGGAGCAGGAGGAACUUAGAGAAGCUUUCGCCAAGAUUGAUGUGGACAACAAUGGAUUUAUCAGCAAGGCCGAGCUCACCGAGCUUUUCAGGGCCGCCAACCUGGCACUGCCGGGCUACAGGAUCCGAGAGAUCGUCCAGGAGUUGACCAAGACCAGCGACCAGCUCACCUUUGAUGAGUUUACUCAGAUAGUUCACGGGCUGAAGAGCUCCGAGGUGGCGAAGACCUUCAGGAAAGCGAUCAAUAAAAAGGAGGGAAUCUGUAACGUGGCGGGAACCUCGGAGCAGUCCGGCACUCAGCACUCCUACUCAGAGGAGGAGAAGGUGGCCUUUGUGAACUGGAUCAAUAAAGCUCUGGAGAAGGAUGCGGACUGUAAACACGUUCUGCCGAUGGAUCCGGACAGCGACAGCCUGUUCACCGCCAUGGGAGACGGGAUCGUCCUCUGUAAGAUGAUCAACCUGUCUGUCCCCGACACCAUCGACGAGAGAACCAUCAACAAGAAGAAGCUCACCCCCUUCACCAUCCAGGAGAACCUGAACCUGGCUCUGAACUCCGCGUCGGCCAUCGGCUGCCACGUGGUGAACAUCGGAGCUGAGGACCUGAAGGAGGGCAGGCAGCACCUGGUCCUGGGUCUGCUGUGGCAGGUCAUCAAGAUCGGACUGUUCGCCGACAUCGAGCUCAGCAAGAACGAAGCUCUGAUCGCUCUGCUGCGUGACGGAGAGAGUCUGGAGGAUCUGAUGAAACUUUCCCCCGAGGAACUGCUGCUGCGUUGGGCCAACUAUCACCUGCAGGAGGCCGGCUGCGGCAAGAUCAAUAACUUCAGCUCCGACAUCAAGGACUCCAAGGCGUACUACAACCUCCUGAACCAGGUGGCACCCAAAGGAGACGAGGAGGGCACCCCCCCCAUCGCCAUCGACAUGUCAGGAAUCAGGGAGAAAGAGGACCUGAAGCGGGCGGAGUGCAUGCUGGAUCAGGCCGACCGGCUCGGGUGCAGACAGUUCGUCAUGCCGACAGAUGUCGUCCGCGGCAACCCCAAACUGAACUUGGCGUUUGUUGCCAAUCUCUUCAACAAGUACCCGGCUCUGAAGAAACCGGAGAACCAGGACAUCGACUGGAGCUCCAUCGAAGGUGAAACCAGGGAGGAGCGUACCUUCAGGAACUGGAUGAACUCGCUGGGGGUCAACCCUCGCGUCAACCACCUCUACGCAGACAUCGACGACGCCCUGGUGAUCUUCCAGCUGUACGAGAAGAUCAAGGUACCAGUGGACUGGGACAGAGUCAACAAGCCUCCCUACUCUAAGCUGGGCAGCAACAUGAAGAAGCUGGAGAACUGUAACUACGCCGUGGAGCUGGGAAAGAAGGAGGCCAAAUUCUCCCUGGUGGGCAUCGCGGGUCAGGACCUGAACGCCGGCAACCGAACCCUCACCCUGGCUCUGCUCUGGCAGCUCAUGAGGAGAUACACCCUGAACAUCCUGGAGGACCUGGGCGACGGCCAGAAAGUGAUCGACGACACCAUCGUGACCUGGGUCAACGACGCGCUCACGCAGGCCGGCAAACCCACCAUCUCCAGCUUUAAGGACGGGUCCAUCAGCAGCAGUAUGCCGGUUCUGGACCUGAUCGAUGCCAUCCAGCCCGGAUCGAUCAGAUACGACCUGCUGAAGACAGAAGACUUGACUGAAGAGGAGAAACUCAACAACGCAAAGUACGCCAUCUCCAUGGCGAGGAAGAUCGGCGCCCGGGUGUACGCCCUGCCCGAGGACCUGGUGGAGGUCAAACCCAAGAUGGUGAUGACGGUGUUCGCCUGCCUCAUGGCCCGCGGCAUGAAGAGAGCCUAAAGGCCGCCUCCCACCCGUGACGAAGCUUAAAAGCAGAAGCUCAGCUGUGAAUUUGACGGUUAAGAGCAAAUAAACUCUGAAAUAUUGGAUAUACAAGGUUUCUAAGUUACGGUACACACGAUACACAAUUUAAAAUGGCAGCAACGCCUUAAAGCCGAGCCGUCUUUCUCUCUUCCGCUCCUUUAGAGGGGUUCAGGCUUUAGACAGGACUUCCUGUUUCAUUUAGACGCAGCAAACCAGCUGCUGGGUUCAGUUAAAGCUUUAAAACGACUCCCUGCAGCGGUAAUGCAGGUUAAUCAGGAGGGAUGUGUUGAGUUUUCUACGCAGUCAUGCAGUUUACUGUUUGCUGAUGUGACGUGGCCUCAGUCUCACCUGCUCCGUUGAUUACAAACAAUCCAAAUCACAACUUCUUUGCCAAAUGUACGCAACAAAUAAACACACUUUUGUACAAAAA